CAUGUGCUGCAGAUGAAGUGUGUGGCUUCCUGGGUGUAACCUCAAUCAGUGGUGUCCCUUUGGCCAUGGUCAGCAUGGUUUGCAGCCUUCAUUAUGGGCACUGUCUGCAGAUCUGAUUGCUUUGACUUUGCUGUGCAGAUGAUGUCACUAAUACUGCUCUGGAAGCCCUCCUUGCUGAUGAAAAGGAGAACGUUCCAACAGGACUAGGAGCUGUGGUGUGGAAAGUUCCAGAACAAACAUAGCUUGUGACUCAGCUGCUGGUGCUGCUCAGUCUUCAUCUCUUUCAAUUAAAAUCAAACACAGCUGCCUCAGAAACCCGUGGACAAGAGAAAGGCCAUGAGAGACUGCUCCCAUGAUGGCAGAGACUGGUAUGAAAGGUUUUGUUGACCACUGCACAACUCUUCAAUGCUAAAAGCAGAAAGCACUGGCUGGUAGCUCAGUGUGGAGCAAACAUUUUAUUUUAAACUUCAAAAACAAUUAUGUCAAAGAAAAGUCGUGCCAAGGGAGAGAAGUCCGACAUGGAGACUGAAGCCCUGCAAGCUGCUAAUGAGGAGCUGAGAGCUAAACUGACCAACAUCCAGAUAGAAUUUCAGCAAGAAAAAACCAAGGUGGGUAAACUGAGAGAAAAAAUCCAAGAGGUUAAGCAAGAAAGGGAGCAGGAGCAGCAUAAGCACACUGCCUAUGUUUCUGAACUGAAAGCCAAGCUCCACGAGGAGAAAAUGAAGGAACUUCAGAGUGUCAGAGAGCUACUGAUCCGGCAGCAUGAGCAGGAGGUGGCAAGAAUGGUGAAAAUCAAAGAUGGUGAAAUCCAGCGUUUGCAGUCAACAGUGAAUGUCCUGCGGGACGGGGCGGCUGACAAGGUGAAGACGGCGCUGCUGAGCGAGGCAAAGGAGGAGGCUCGCAAGGCGUUCGACGGGGAGCGAAUGAAGCUGCAGCAGGAGAUCUUGGAGCUGAAAUCUGGCAAAAAGCAGCUUGAAGAAGCUCUGAACAACAUCAUGCAGGCAGAUAAAAUGAAGGCUGCGGACCUGCGCACGGCUUAUCAGUCCCACCAGGAUGAGAUCAAUAGAAUAAAGAGGGAGUGUGAGAGGGAGAUCCGCAGGCUGAUGGACGAGAUAAAAGGCAAAGACAGGGUGAUUCUGGCUCUGGAGAAGGACCUUGGUGUCCAGGCAGGCCACACACAGAAACUGCUCCUUCAGAAAGAAGCUUUGGAUGAGCAGCUUGUCCAAGUGAAGGAGGCAGAACGAUACCACAGUAGUCCUAAGAGAGAGCUUCCUGCAGGAGUGGGGGAUAUCAGUGAACUGAUGGGAAGUCCGGAGCAGCAUCUGGAUGAACGAGAUGUGCGGAGAUUUCAGUUAAAAAUCGCUGAACUGAAUGCUGUAAUAAGGAAGCUGGAAGACAGAAAUACUCUCCUAGCAGAUGAAAGAAAUGAACUGCUGAAGCGUUCUCGGGAGACAGAAAGUCAGCUGAAGCCUUUGGUAGAAAAAAAUAAGAGGAUGAGCAAAAAAAAUGAUGAUAUGUUACAAUGUAUCCAGAGGAUGGAAGAGAAAAUAAAAAAUUUAUCGAGGGAAAAUGUAGAACUGAAAGAAAAGUUAUCUGCACAACCAGCACUGAAGAGGCACACAUCUUUGAAUGAUCUCAGCAGCACACGAGAGGAACAAGAAAUUGAAUUUCUUAGACUGCAAGUCAAAGAACAACAGCAUGUUAUUGAUGAUCUCACAGUGGAAAGAGAACGGUUAUUGCGGUCUAAAAAACAGAGGAGGAAAAGUCUGAAGCCUCCAAAGAGGCAUGUUGUGGAGACAUUUUUUGGAUUUGAUGAGGAGUCUCUUGAUUCAGAAACUUCAUCUGUAACUUCAUACAACACAGAUAAAACAGACAGGACACCUGCAACACCAGAAGAAGAUUUGGAAGAUAGCACGCCUAAAGAGGAAGCUGAACUCAGGUUUUGCCAGCUAACAAGAGAGUAUCAAGCUUUGCAAAGAGCAUAUGCAUUGCUCCAAGAACAAGUUGGUGGAACCCUCGAUGCAGAGAGAGAAGCAAGGACUCGUGAACAACUGCAAGCUGAUCUUCUCAGGUGUCAGGCAAAAAUUGAGGACCUGGAGAAAGCUCUGAUGGAGAAGGGACAGGAUUCAAAAUGGGUAGAAGAAAAACAGCUGUUAAUUAGAACAAAUCAGGAGUUGCUAGAGAAGAUUUACAGAAUGGAACAAGAAGAGCAUCAGCUGAAGAAUGAGAUGCAAGAUGCAAAAGACCAGAAUGAGCUGUUAGAAUUCAGAGUGCUAGAGCUUGAAGAGAGAGAGAGAAGGUCGCCAGCAUUUAAUCUUCAUAUAACCACCUUCCCUGAAAACAAUGGAAGUGCACUUCAACUGUUCUGCCAUCAGGAAGGAAUAAAGGACGUGAAUAUAUCUGAACUUAUGAAGAAGCUAGAUAUUCUUGGAGAUAAUGGGAAUUUGAGAAAUGAAGAGCAGGUUGCAAUAAUCCAAGCUGGGACUGUGCUUUCCCUCUGUGAAAAGUGGUUGAAACAGAUAGAGGGGACAGAAGCUGCACUGACACAGAAGAUGCUAGACCUGGAGAAUGAGAAGGACCUGUUCAGUAAACAGAAGGGUUAUUUAGAGGAAGAACUCGACUACAGGAAGCAAGCUCUGGACCAGGCAUACAUGAAAAUCCAGGAGCUGGAAGCCACGCUGUAUAAUGCCCUGCAGCAGGAUCCGGGCCGGCGGGCCAGCGAGUCUCUGACGGAGGCGCAGCGGGAGGAUCUGCGGGCGGCGGUGGAGAAGGUGCGGCGGCAGAUCCUGAGGCAGAGCCGAGAGUUCGACAGCCAGAUCCUCCACGAGCGCAUGGAGCUGCUGCAGCAGGCCCAGCAGCGAAUUCGAGAUCUAGAAGAUAAAAUAGAACUUCAAAAGAGGCAGCUCAAAGAAAUUGAGGAAAAGCAUUCAUUCUGUGGCCUUGAUGACACAACUGAGCCAAGACGUGUGGCUAUUAAAAGAAGCUAUGGAGUGAAAAGCUGAGUCCACAUGCAAAAAUACAGAAAAUAUUUAUUAAGCAGCUUUAAAUUGGUGCAUUUUUUCAUAAAGCAGUUUGCAUAAUACUUGAAGCUGCAAAAUAUUUGAACUUAAAAUUAGAGAUUUUUUAAAAAAUACGGCUUCAAGCUGGUAUGAUUUCACAAUCAAAUAAGGACCAGCACAUCAUAAACACUGAAAAAAAUUACAAACAAGACUUACACUCUCCCACCAACCAAACAGCAGAAAAAAUACAAGUGCAAUUACUGGCUGCUAUGUGAACUGUUAUCUACCAAAUGGUUUUCUUACAGUACUGAGAUCUUUGUCUCCAUACUGCAUGCUUUCAACAAAUGUGGUUUGCAUUUCACCCAAGAAACACAGGAUCUCCUUUUUAGUAUCUGUAUUAAAAAAGCUUAGUGUUUGACUUAAGUUGUCUAUGGUAAAUAGCUGAAAGGAAGCAAACUGUUCAAAGUUGGAAACAAAUAAAGAUUUACAACCCAGCAGUGAUCAAAUUCCUAUUAAAUUCCUAAGCUGGAAAUCCACAGGUGCAGAAAGGAAGGUUUUUAGAGAAAAGCAAGAUGGUAGAUUGAAGUAUGAAAACUUUAAAGUGGGUGAGAACUGUGUGGGAAAUAUGAUUCUUUGAAUGCUUAUUGAAAAGAAAGGCAAUGUCUUGUAAAGACAGCACUGGGAAAAUGACAGAUUCCAUGGUGGCCUGAGAGGUCAGGAAAAGAGAAUGCAUGAUGUGCUGUGCUCAGUGAUCUCUUCAAGAAGAAAGGACUUUGAGAAAUGGGCAUGUAGAAAAAUGUGCUAAGCAGAGAAAUAGGUGAAUGUGAAUAUUUGGAAAUCAUGGCAUCCUCUCAGGUGAAAUGAAUAAAACAUCAUCAUUAGCAAAAAUGGCACAAUCUCAACCAGCAGAGGUAGAUAAACAGUCAUUGACCACCUGAACUGCAAGAAGAAUUUGGGGUGAAGCACACACUGGAAAAAAAGGAAGUUGCAAAGACCUUUUUAAGAGAAUGGUUAGAAAAUAAAAAAAAUAUUACUCUUUCAAAGAAGGAAAAGGAAAUAAAUGCUUCAGAACUGUAAAGGAAAUAUGAAUAAAUAGAUAAUUGUAAUUGUUUCUGAAAUGUUGAGGCAAGAUGCAAAUAUUAAGAGCACAAUAUUAGAAGAUAACUUCCUCCUCCCUCACAUUUUCUUGAAAAUCAUAUUUGUGAAACAAGUCUACUCCCAUGGACACACUGAACUCCAACAUGAAGUAGCUGGUAACAUUAACACAUCACAUGAAGUGGGAAUUAUGAUUGGCAAAAAUAACAUGAGGCAAUGAGCAACUAUGAAGGACAGAGGAAGCUGUUGAAGGUUCUGGAAUCAGCCUCAGAAGCAGCCUGUGUUCUCAGAUAAUUAUCAGGCUCUGAAGAGAAGUACUCUGCACAAAGAAUCACUGGACAAGACCAUUUACCUGCAGAAGGAGCUGAGACACUCCACAAGAUUAAUUCAGUCGUAUGCAGCAAAUUGUGGCUGAUGUCAGGGUCGGAAUAACCCUGGUAGAAAGCACAAUUUACCUUGGAAACAAGCAUCAUGCAAAAGUCUGGAAUCUCAAUCCCCAAAUGAAUGUGUUGCUCAUAAUAUAUUGUUCAAAAGGAACAAGCAUUUAGAGAAUGUGUUUUCAAAUAGAAAUUGUUCAUGUUUUAGUUAAGGCUUUUGGCAGUGUGAUGACAGAAUGUGGGAAAAUAAGGCCUUCACUGCAAGAGAGAGUCCUGGCAUGACUCAGAAGCAAAGGACCACAACAGAAGGUAAACAGAGCUUGAGAUAAUCAAACCUGGUGCCAGUGAAGGAACAAGGAUUCACUUGGCAAAGAAACACUUCUCAUAGACACAGAUUUGCUCAUCACUGUUUUGAAUAAGGAGCUACAAGCACAAACACGGGAUGCUCAGAGCACGUGGCUGCCACGAGAAGCGCACUGCACGGACAGGAGGGGGUCUCCUUACAAGGCACAGAAGGAAUCAGAAGAUGCAGGCACACCUGAUGAAAAAGUAAACAGUGCUGGAGAAGAGAAUUUGACUCUCAGAAUAAAAGAACUGGAAAAGUCAAGGGAAAAACUGAAAGGUGUUCUAGAGGACUACAUAGAGUCAGAUUCCAUCCUGAGA